AUGACUGGAAAAGGCCAACUCCAGGGGAGUGUCAUUAGAGAAGGAUCCUUCACUCCUCCACCAGAGCAUGAGCAUCUGAGCCCAGCAGAGGUGCAGUCUGCUCUCCAGUUGGGGGAAAGAUUAGGAGACUUCUGGCAGAGAGUUUUGGUGCAGGUUAUACACAAGAGUAAUAGUCAAGUGUAUCCACUUGCCCGAAAUGCUGGACCAUCACCAGGGUUGUUGGCAGAUGUCUCUUAUUCACAGCUGCUUCACUAUGUUGCAACAUCCAAUAACAAAAACCUAUGGAAAGAUGCUUUUAAAAAAUAUUCUGAGCAUGGUGUUGCUGUGCAAUGGAAGGGAGGUGCACAGGUGGGGACAGACUCCUUGCACAAUGUCCUGAGAGAAGUUAUCUGGAGAUUGUUUGGCUGUAAAAUCAUAUCUCUUAGGGAAGAUGGCACACCAAAGUCUGGCAUGCAAAGCAGCCGUUUACCUGAACCACACUCCAAUGUUCUGCCAGCCCUUUGUGCCCUGGAGGGAGAGGAACAUGUCUUCAUCAUCCUUAACAAUGUGUAUCAUAGUGUUCAUCAAUGUGUGUCUUUCAGUCCUGCAAAGCUCUCAGGACUGGAAGCAGGAGCACUCUUCAUUUUAUACCAAAUCCUAGAAGUGGCAAGAGAUACCCAUGAUCGUGGACUUCAUCUUGGGGAUAUUACUCUCCACCAGCUCUACAUAGACAACGCUCUCUACCUCAGACUACUUCCAAGCAUUCCUGAUAACCUUAUCCAGCCAGAGACUUCACAGCCUUCACACCUACUGAAGAGCAAGUCUUUAAGUGAGUCAGAACAGCAACAAGAUGCCGCCAUUGGAGAGAAAAGACAAAGCCACUCAUCAGAUUCCACAAGAAGCACAGGAGACUUAGAAGCAGACUUAGUGAGGACAAACUCCCCAGAACAGAACUCUGAAAGAAGCAAAGUCUUUCAGGAUUUUCGGGGGGACCUUGCCAAGAGAAAAAAAGCUGCCUGUAUCCAAGAAGAGUGAAAUGAACCAAACUGCACAGCC